AUGGUGGAAGAAAUACUAGAUCGAGCCUUAGCAACCCCGUAUUGGAUGGACUUGUUUCCUAAUGUUAAGCUUGUUAAUUUUAUAGCUUCUCAUUCAGACAAUAGCCCUAUCUUAACUCACUAUGACCAUGGUCAACAAAACCGUAGAAGUUAUGCGUUCAGGUUCGAAAACUGUUGGUUGCAAGAAGAAAGAUUUGAGGAAAUUAUUCAAAAUGGGUGGAGGCAUGGUGAGAAUCACAACAUCAUGCACCGUAUUGUAUUGUGUGCAGAAGAAUUGGAAAAAUGGAAUAUAUUUCUACAUAGAAAUAAGAAAGAGGAGCUGGAGAGACACAAGGAUACUAUGGAAAGGUGUCGUUGGAACCAUGAUUUGGAUUCUACGUCUCGGUUCUUCGAAGCCCAAAGGGAUCAUAACAAGGCGCUUAUUAGGGAGGAUAUUUAUUGGAAGAUAAGAGCUAAGAUGAAUUGGUUACGAGAUGGGGACCUCAAUACAAAGUUCCUUCAUUUAUCUGCUACUGCUAGGAAGAAUUUUCAAAAAUUCGAUAUGCUCAUGCAGGAAGGUGGGGGAGAAGUGUGA